GUGGAUGUGCGAAUUGCGAUUGCUCACUUCUUAUCUGGAAUGGGACGGCGGGCGAAGCCUAUACGUCGCUACCAGCGGCUCCGACACCUCGUCAUCUUCGCCGCCGCUGUGCUCCUCGCCGUCCACGCCAUCUCCGUGGUCCUCCGCCAUGCCAACGCCCUCGGCCGCCGCUGCUUCCCUGAACUUACUGAUCGAAAUCUCUCACCCCGGCUCAGAAUCGCGAUGGUGAGCUUCUCCUCCGAGGACAAAGCCUCGCUAAGAUCAUUCAAGGAGGUGGAGGAGGUGGUGGCCGGGAAUAAGCGGGCUUAUGCUGCUCGUAUGGGCUAUGAUCUCAUCAACGCCGAUGAUCUCGUUGACCACUCCCGGCCGCCGGCGUGGAGUAAGAUCCCCGCACUCCGAUCUCGGCUUUCCUCUUACGAUUGGAUUUUCUGGAACGAUGCGGACACGGUGGUGACGAAUCCGGCGAUAUCUUUGGAGAGUGUGAUCUGGUCGGUGAUAGGACAUGCUGAUUUUGAUGAGUCUCCGGAUUUUAUUCUUACUGAGGAUAUCAACGGAGUAAAUUUAGGAGUAUUCUUCAUUAGAAGAUCAAAGUGGAGUGAGACUUUUUUGGAUAUAUGGUGGAACCAGACAACCUUUAUAAGCUUUGGUUCAACAAAAAGUGGUGAUAAUGCAGCAUUCAAACAUCUUAUGGACAACCUUCCACCUGAUGAACUGAGGCAACAUAUCCGAAUAUCACCAAUGCAAUGCCUGUUCAAUUCCUAUCCAUGGUUCCCUUCCUGGAAGUCUGCUUUGCGUCUCUUCACCUCUCCUUCCACCACCUGGAAAGGUGCUUAUUCCCAUGGGGAUUUCAUGGUUCAUUUUGCUGGUAUUGAUGGAAAGCAAGAAUGGGCAGAAAAGAUCCUGAGAGAAAUGGAAUCAAAUUGAAUUUUUCCCACCAUCUUCUUGUGAAUCUCUGCCUGUGUUUGAAGGAUCAGUGCUAAAGGACUUUAUGUUUUAGUUA